CGUGCGCAGCCGCUAGUCAGCCUCAGAACCAAGUUCAUAGUCCUGGGAUGUCUCGCCGAUUCAGAUCAUGCUCUGACAGUGGACGUACAUAGACAAUGGCUAUCUCCUCGUUGUUUGCAUGCUGUUACUCCCAAGACGGCCGCGCAAGCAAGCUCGAAGCCGAGACCCGACAUGCCCGCAUCGUCUCUGUUACCUCAGAUCGCCCUCGCUCGCAACGGUACAGCGACAACCCUCCGCGUUACGACGAUGUGGCCCAGCAGCCUCUGAUCACUAUAGAAGAGAAGAGUGCUGCUCAAUUUGAAGUCCUCAUACAAGCCGCGGACGAAGCGGGUGAAGAUACUCCUACCCCACUCUCACCGGCCUCUUCUGUGAUCUCGAUCCCUUCCACACGCUACACAGACCUAACGUCAAUGAAUACCGGCGAAACGACGCGGACUUUUGCGAGGAUGAGCCUCGAAACGUCGUCGACCGGACGGACGAGACCGCCUCCAUACCAUGCCAGUGCUAGGAGGAGUCCAAGCCCAGCGGCUACGGAGGACAGUGGCAGAGAUAGUAUCUUACAACACCCGGUGAUGAGGAGGAAUUGGCUAGAGGUACUGCGGCAAGAGGCUCUCAGGGAUGCUAGAUGACGGUGAGAGCCCUGUGCAGAGCGACAACGAGAUCAGUGACGCAGCUGGAUUUGUGACCUACGGGCACUUGUACAAGCUGAUCUCGACCGUUACGGCUCAUCUAGAGACAACGCAGAUGUUGAAGAAGUGAAAGGGAACGGCAUGGCCUCCGCACGCAAGGAAAUCUUGCUACUGAGAAGCCAGGCUUUCGUCCUGGCCGGCAUUCGGGAAGUUGCUCUCAAAAUGGAGCAUGACGAGCAGCGGUACGGAGGUCGAACUGCUGCUUGGACUUCAUUCUCGGUCCAAUUGAGGACAGUCGCUGAAGGGAGAAGGGAGAAGAGAGACUCUCAUGCCGACCCUCACUUCUGUCAACUCUCUGUAGACUGGCUACGCCUGGCCGAAAGUCAUCGCGCAACGCAAGCUGCCAACAUCGGCCAAGGGAGCCAAGUGCGAACAAUUUACGAGAGCUACAAAUCUAGCUGUUGGGGAGAGUAGCAGCCAUUAUGGGACUCAUCCUCUAUAUCCCAGUUUCAAGGCCCACGACGUCUUUGUGACUCUGCAACGUCCUUUCAGAACGAUCAGCUUUCUUCCCUACCUGGGGGCCUGGUUGUGGCCCAAAGAACUUGCAUAUCGGAUUUCUGCUUCCAGGUGAAUAUAAGGUCCAUGAACAUAGAUCUAUCUUAGGACAUAGACAUGUUAGUCAAACGAAGAUUCUUCUAC